CCCUGACCUGACUGAGCAUUUACAUAACAUUUGAGACAAAAGGAUGAUAUAAAAAACGCACCGAGGGGGCGUGGUUCCAACACCUUUCGUAUCAUAUAUACCAGUUACAAAUAGGAUCAUUCUGGGGCAAUUGCCAUUGAACGGCACAGCGCGGAAUCACCACAGUACAUAGAAUGGCGCCAGUGUUGACUCCGAACAUCAUUAUCUUUGGAGAAACAGGAGUGGGCAAAAGCUCCGUCAUCAACCUGAUGGCUGGCAAACAGAUUGCGCACAUAUCACCUGACUCUCACCGCUGUACUCUGCAUUGGACGGAGUACCAAGUAACCUUUGGAAAUGGGACUCGAUACAAGGUGUUUGAUACGGUCGGCCUCGACUCGUAUGGGCACCCUCAGGUUCUACUGCCACACACCAGAGAGUAUGUCUCCGCAAUUUUAAAUGCAUACGACCUCAUCGACACUUUGAAAAAACGUGGAGGUAUCAACCUCUUGCUCUUUUGCAUACAUGGAGGUACUAGUAGAGUCACGGCAACCAUGCAGAGAAACUAUAGGGUGUUCUUCGAAUUUCUCUGCCAGGAAAGAGUGCCGCUCGUGCUAGUAGUCACAAACCUCGAAAGAGAGCGAACGAUGGAAGACUGGUACACGCGGAAUAUAGGCAACUUCGAGAAGCAUGGCAUCAGGCCCACGGGACACGCAUGCAUAACCGCGGCAAAUACUACUAGUUGGUCGGACACGUCCGGCAGGAGGAAUAGAGACAACAUCAGCAAUAUCUCACAUUUCCUUUUCGGUCUGAUUCAUAUUAUUGCUCUGAAAAAAGUCGCUAAGUAAAAAAAGGAAACCUCUGAUGUUACUGAUUCUACUGAUUUCACUUUUUACAAACUUGGUUCAAAUCAAUAUUGUAGUAUAAGACGCGAAAGUGAAUUAAGUGCGGU